AUGAUCAUCAAUACUUUAGAUGAUAAAUAAGUUAACAUUCCAGUUCCAAUUUUAUAGAAGUUUAGUAAAACUAAUUCCCAAAUUCAAGAAAACUCUAGAAAUAAAACAAUUUUCAAUUUUAAAGUGGAAAGUGUUAUUGUUAUCAAAGUCGUCGAUUUUCUACAAAAAUUGUUAACUUCUGAGAUUUCAAUCAUCCCAAAGCCUGUGCCCAAUGGGAAAAUAGAGACCUAUUUGAAUGAGAUAGAAUGCAAUUUCUUAAAAUCAAUUACUCCAAUUGAAAGACAAACCAUAUUAAAACUUGCAGAUGACUUGGGCUUAGAACAUCUAUCUAAUCUAAUGUUAGCAUCCUUUGCUUGCGAAUUUGUAGGCUGCACAACAUAGGAGUUCUUGAAAAAAUGCAAUAUCAAUGUUGAAUAUACACCGGAAUUAGAAAAAGAAAUAUAAAAGCAAUUUGAUACAAUUAUCAAAAGAAAUUGA